AAAAUAUUGACUAUUUUGUUGUUGUGCGUGAUUGGCUUUGCAUCAAUAUAGAAGAAAUCUUAGAUAUUCCUGCUGAAGUCUAGUGUAAUAAUUUUCUUAUAAUAAAAUAAAUCAAUAAACAAGUCUGCCCUCAAAAACUGCUGUAAUUUUUUGCAAUGUCGUCCUAUAAGCCAAUUGAUUCCAAACGAGAAGAGUUUAGAAGAUAUUUAGAGAGAGCAGGAGUGAUGGAUGCUCUUACUAAAGUCUUAGUCAGUCUUUAUGAAGAACCAGACAAACCUGAAGAUGCCUUAGAAUAUAUGAGGAAACAUCUAGGCACAGAUGGAGGAGAAGACGAGCUGGAGGCUGCUCGAGCUCGUAUAGCCGAACUAGAAGCAGAAAACGCGCUUCUAAAAGGAGACGCAGCGCCAGCAGAAGGCUAAUAAAAUAUUAUAUUAUUUUAGUAAAAUUGAUCUUGCAGAACCUGAUUGUACAAUGAUCUCAGAAGAAAAUAUUGUUGUUGAUCCUAAAGAAAUAUAACUUGUGUUAUAAGGAGAGUAUUUUUGUUAUGUUUAAGUUUUUUUGAUGUGCAAGUUGCACAAUAAAAUUUUCAGUUACUUUUUUA